UACGAAAGAGCUGUGAGGGGCCCCUGUGCUAUGACUUCUCGAACGUGGAGACACUCCUGAACCAAAAGAAGGUGAGAGAUGCUUUAGGGGUUGCGGAUAUAGAGUUUGUGUCGUGCAGCAGCACUGUGUACUGCGCCAGGAUUGGAUGAAGAAUCUCGCAGUGGGUAUCCCCGCACUUCUUGAGGAUGGGCUGAAGGUGCUCAUUUAUGCCGGUGAAUAUGAUCUCCUCUGCAAUUGGCUUGGUAAACCCCGAUCUUUCAAGUUGGUAGACGCUAGACAGAAUCAAACGGAACAUUACCUGGCGAAUGACAUGUCUUUCCUGAAGUUAAUUUGUGCAGGAAAUUCCAGGUGGGUUAAUGCCAUGCGGUGGUCUGGUCAAAAGCGGUUUGGGACAUCUCCAACCGUUCCAUUUGUCGUUGCUGGUGCCAAGGCAGGACUGAUGAAAAGCUAUGGACCACUUACUUUCUUGAAGGUUCAUAAUGCUGGGCACAUGGUUCCGAUGGAUCAGCCGAAAGCUGCUCUACAAAUGCUAAAGAGCUGGAUGGCAGGCAAAGCCGCCAUGGCCGGUGCAGAUAGCGAGACUGAUACUUAAUGAAAUGAGAGUGCUCACAGUAUCCCAACAUUUGAAUCUUGUUCAUAUCCAGAAAUACAAGAUACAAGAUGAGUCCUGGGAAAGUGGAAACAAAAGGCAAA